AUGGGAGAAAACCCUAAUCGAGCUGAAGCCGAACGUCUUCUCGGAUUCGCCGAGAAACUUCUCGAGUCUCGGGAUCUGACCGGUACAAAAGAGUUCGCAAUCUUAGCUCAAGAAGCAGAGCCACUCCUCGAAGGCACCGACCAAAUCCUCGCCGUCGUCGACGUCCUUCUCGCUUCCGCAUCAGAGAAUCGCGUCAAAAACCAACCAAACUGGUACCGAAUCCUUCAGAUCGAAGAUCCAAUAACGGACAACGAUCUGAUUAAGAAACAGUACCGUCGUCUCGCUCUCCUCCUCCACCCUGACAAAAACCGUUUCCCUUUCGCCGAUCAAGCUUUCAGAUUCGUUCUCGAUGCAUGGGAAGUCUUAUCAACACCUUCCAAAAAAUCCCAAUUCGAUCGAGUUUUGAAUCUCAACUUCACAAAAGUAGAUCUCAACGACAAUCAAAAGAGGAAGAAAUCCGCCGGUGCCGGAAUCAGUGAGAAGAUGGCUACGUUUUGGACGGCUUGUCCUUACUGUUAUGGUCUUCAUGAGUAUCCUAGGGUUUACCAAGAGUAUUGUAUCAGAUGCCAAUUGUGUCAAAGAGCGUUUCACGCGGCGAGUAUUCCUCAGUUGCCUCCAUUGAUACCUGGAAAAGAUGAGUAUUAUUGUUGUUGGGGUUUUUUCCCGAUGGGUUUCGUCGGAGGAAAAGGAGGAGAAGCGGCUGCUAAUGCAAAUGGAUCUGAUUCAACAAAAUUCCCUAAUUGGAUGCCUCCGGUUUUCUCCUCCGGCGGAGUUGCAGCUCCGGUAGCUCCUCCUUCAAGUGUUCCUAAUGGUAAUGGUGGUGGAUUUGUCUCUCCUCCUCCUGCUGCUGGUGGUGGUGGUUCUUCUCAUGGUGUUCCGAUUAGCUUUGAUGGAUGGUCAGGUGGUGGUGGUGCGGCGGUGAGGAGCAACAAUGUAGGAGUUAGCUCAGAUGGAAUGCCGAAGAAGAGAGGAAGAGGAAGGCCAAAGAAGAAUCAGUGA